AUGCUGACAGAAAAGUUUCUGCGGCUGCAGUCCUUUUACUUUCGCCUCCUGGGACUAGAGCUGUUGGACCAGCAGGAGGUUCAGAGUGUAAAGGAUAAAAGGCGAAGCAUUUGCUGCAUCCUGGCCGUGGCCACAUUCCUGCCACUGUCCAUCGCCUUUGGUUUAAACAACAUCCACAAUAUGGAUAAACUAACCGACACACUCUGCUCCGUGCUGGUGGAUCUGUUGGCCCUCUGCAAGAUUGGAAUCUUCUUGGGGCUGUACAAAGACUUCAGGAGGCUUAUUCAAAGAUUUCACGAUAUGCUUGAGAGGGAGAGUCACUCGGAGGUUGCAGCCAAGAUAGUUGCCAGACAGAAUGAUCGGGAUCAAUUCAUCAGCUCCUUGUACACGAUCUGCUUCCUGGUGGCUGGUGGCUCCGCCUGCCUGAUGUCUCCCCUGCACAUGAUAGUACGCUUUUGGAGAACAGCCGAAAUGGAGCCAGACUAUCCCUUUCCCAGCGUCUACCCCUGGGACAAUCGUCGCUUCCACAACUACCUCUUCUCGUAUCUGUGGAAUGUGUUUGCCGCCUUAGGCGUGGCACUGGCCACCAUCUGCGUGGACACACUCUUCAGCUCGCUGACGCACAACCUGUGCGGACUCUUUGAGAUCUGCCGCCACAAAAUGUUGACCUUUAAACGCAGAAGACCAGUGGAGACGCAGCAGAACCUUAGGCACAUCUUCCAACUGUAUGGCGAGUGCCUGGAGUUGGGGAGCUCAUUAAAUGGCUUCUUCAGGCUGAUCAUCUUUGCCCAGUUUAUUGCCGCCUCGCUGCACUUGUGCGUGCUCUGCUACCAGCUCUCCUCGAACCUGAUGCAGCCCGGUAUGCUCUUCUAUGCCGCCUUCAUGGCGGCCAUUCUCGGCCAGGUGGCCAUCUACUGCCAUGGCGGGGCCUGUGUCCAGGCGGAGAGCCAGCUCUUCGCACAGGCCAUCUACGAGAGCGACUGGCUUCCGCUGCUGCUGGACGGAAGGCUCGAUGUGGGACGCUCGUUGCAGAUUGGCAUGGUGCGUGCCCAGCGCGGCUGUCGCCUCGAUGGCUACUUUUUUGAGGCCAAUAGGAAGACAUUUGAUUUGAUUGUUCGUACUGCCAUGUCGUAUGUGGCCCUACUACGAUCCACAUCUUAG